AUGGAUUCGUACGUCGAGGCAGGCAUGUCAGGGAUCUACCGAGAGGAAGACGCCAUACAUGGUGCGGAAAUGGACGACGGGGUGAAGACAGCAGGUCACUCGAAUGAGGAGUACGAGGGUGGCCAUUACGACAAUGGAGGUUACCAACAGGGGGAACAAGGUGGGGCCACCUACCAACAGGAGUACUCAUCGAACGUGCAGAAUAAUCAAGAGGAGGAAGGGGCAGUUGCGGGUGAUUACCCAUAUGAAGGGAACUACAGUAAUAACUUAAACAACGAACUCCUGCGUAACGUGCCAAAUAAGAAAAAAAAAAACAAGUACGAAGGGAUAUAUAGUAAGGGUAAGGGGGAGAAGAAAAACGGAGGAGAGAAGGAGAACACCCCCUACUGCUCGUUUAACAACUUCGACGAGGGAGUAGGUGGAACCAAUCAGGAGGGUGCAAGUGGGGAGAUGCACCAAAACGGGGGUGGAUAUGGAAACCACGGUCACGAUGAGGUAAAGGGGGACAAUCCAGGAUGGAGCAACCACCCCGAUCAUAGCGAUGACGAACAGGAGAACGAAGCCCCAUUCAACCAGGAGAAGCUGAAAAAAAUGGAUAAGAAAAAAAAAAAAAUGAUGGAAAGGGGGAAGAGGAAGAAGAAAGAAAGUGUAGAUGACAAGAAAUUCAGUGAAGUGUACAAUUCAAUUUAUGAAAAUUUAAAAAAAAAAAAAGGAUCCAAAAAGAGUGGAGAAGACCACUAUGGAAAUAAGAACGAUUUCUACGAAAUAAAUUACGCUUCAUCAGAUCAGGUGAACUCCACGUCUAGUAUAGAUGACGACUCCCUCUUCAGUGACGACGUGUUGAAAAAGUAUAUUAUUGGGCAGGUGCUAAACAUCAUUAGGACGUCCUUCCAUUGGGCCAUUACCUCAUUUAUGCUAUUCACCCUGUUCGAGCAUUUCUCCAUAUUUUACGUAUACCGAAUGGUGUCAUUUUUGACACUUUUCCUUUUCACACCCAUAUCGAUAUAUCUGGUGAAGUGGCGCAGCGUCAAAUUUUUCCUAAUAGCUACCAACACAGUCAGGCUGGUUGUAUGGGGUUUCUGCAUCCCCUUUCUGUAUACCCUCUACCGUGAUGAAAUAAAGAAGUACUACGUGAACCGCUUUUACGAGUUCCUUUUUACUCUCCUUCUGCUGAUCGAUAAUGUACAGGUCAAUAUUUCCAACCUGAUCGACAUAGACAAUAACGGAAUAGAUUUUCUAUCGAAGAAGUAUCACCUGAAGGUUAAUGAGAGAGCGAAGAGGAAGUUCCUGACCCUUCACCAGUUCUUUUUCGACGCAUCCUUUAUUGUGGUGAAUCCAUUGAUUAUAUUUGUCAUGUAUUUGUUUAGCAAUUUCUUUAACGAGCCGUACCUCAGGGAUGUCUUCAUUUACCUGUCGUCAUUAAUUUUUGCCGUCAUUACGAUCAUUUCUUUGGUGGUAUACACGCUCGGGUUGGAGGAAGCUGAGAACACACUGAAGCGCAGUUCCGGCAAGCGCCAUUCUGCCUGCCUGGAAUCGCAAGUUACGGCAGACGAAAGUGUAGAAGACAUGGUCGAAGCGGGCAACUACGACCGGGGUGAGCUGCAGAAUGACAAUUAUGACGAUGAGGAGGAAGAUGCAGGUGCCAUGAAGAGACGUGCCAAUCGACGAGCAGACAGAGGAGGGGAAGACGAAAACGACCAACACCGGGAUAACGAGGAUGACUUUGAAAAGUACUACGCCAGACAUAGCAACAAGGAGGAAAAAACUUUAACCUACAGUACCUACCCCAACAUUUAUAAUGACCAGACGAAGAAGUACCUGACUGAACGAUCGAAUAUUGAGUAUGAACAUUAUAGCGGGUUCGAGCAGAUGUCGUUGAAGAGCCAAUACAGAAAGCAAUUUAACGAAUUGGUCGAUAAUAUCCUUCGCAUCAAGAAUGAGAACACGCUCCUCUUUUAUAUUUGCUCCCUCUCUUUCCUGAACAGUGUAGAGGACAUCAUGAUCCUCAUGCUUAUCCCCCUGACGUCGAUCUACGUGUGUGAGUUCUUCUACGUCAAUAACAUCUUCGUGCAGCUGCUCAUUGCGGUUAUCCUGAUUUCCCUCACCAAGUGCUUUGAAAAUAUCUCCUACUACUCCAACAAGAGGAACAUCAUCGCGCUGAAGGACGUUUUUAUCGGAAUCAUCCUGUCUGGAGCCUCCCUCCUGUUCUUCUUCUUCCCCUUCCUGAUGAUCAACCACCUGAACAUUUACAGCUUUCUAAUCUUCUACAUUUUAUGCUGCCUCUUCUACUUUUUCUUCUCCACCAAUUUGAAGACCACGCUCUCCCGAAACCUGCAAAAAUACGUGCGGGAGUCUAAGUCGGACAUUUACAACUUCGUGGGGCUCUUCAUGUCCUUCGUCAAUCUCGUGUUUGUAAUUCUCACCAUCUUCUUCCUCUCCGUGGUUGACAACUUUGUCAUUAACUACGUGAUGAUUUGCUUCUUCUUGAUCCUCCUGUUGGGUUUUCUCUAUGGCUGGGCCACCACCACGCUGAAGGACUCCAACUAG